CCCAUUCCCGCGACCCUGCAUUAGUAUCCGAAACCAACAGGAGUUUCUUUACAGCAAAGCUCUUCCCUGUCUACCCCGACAUGGCCGAUUGGUGGUGAACACAAAGUUGUUGCUCCUAUGGACGCCUUUGCGCUGCUUACCGGCGGCGCGCAUUUCGACCGCCGGCGCUACAGGAAGGAUAUAGAUGCGUUCAACCCCAAAGCGGUGAGCUCGGCGGCGAUACAGGAGGAGGCAAUGGCGUCGGCGCGGCGCCAGGGCGCGGCGGGCAGUGAAGUGGGAAGCAAGCGGAGGCAAGCCAAAGCCAACGCGAAGAAGCGGCGGCGGCUGAACGCAGCGGCCGCCAAGGCGGCGGCAGGGGUGUCGGAGGAGGAAGAUGAGCCCGACAUUGCGCUGUUCGCCCGGGAGGGCGACAGUGACGACGAGGAGGUGGAAGAGGGCGACGAGGAGGCGGAGGAGGAGGAGGACGAGGAGGCGGAGGACGAGGAGGACGAGGACGAGGACGAAAAGGAUGCCGAGCUGGAGGGCGAGCUGGAGGAGGGCGAGGAGGAAGACGAGGGGUUGGAAGGGGAGGAUUCGGAUGAAAUGGGGGAGGAUGAGGAGGACGAGGGCGAGGAGGUUGGGGAGGAUGAGGAGGACGGCGAGGCGGCGGCCGCGGGGCGAAAGGCCCGCGGUGUCGCAACGGCUGCUGACGUCAGCAACGGGGCAGUCGCAGGCGCAGCCGGCGAGCGGGACGGCGGCUCGGAGCUGGGCCCGCUGGUGGAUGACGUGAUUCCGGUGGUGCACACCAACGACCCCCAUGAGGAGGCCAACCUCAUCCGCAAGGCCCUCCGCAUCAAGGCCACUGGCACGGACGUGCCUGCGCCGCUCAAGAGCUUUGCGGAGCUGGCCUCACGCUACAAGGUGGGGCGGCGGCUGCUGGCGGCGCUGCGUGCGGCGGGCUUCACCGCGCCCACGCCCAUCCAGCGCCAGGCCAUCCCGGCGCUGCUGGAGGGGCGGGAGCUGCUGGCGGUGGCGCCCACAGGCAGCGGCAAGACGCUGGCGUUCCUGGUGCCGCUGCUGGCUCGGCUCAAGUCGCUGCGGGCGGCGGCGCAGGCCAGCGGUCAGGCGGAGCAGUGGCCCAAUGCUGUGAAGGCGCUGGUGGUCAGCCCCACACACGAGCUGGCGGCGCAGCAGGCGCGUGUGCUCAAGCUGCUCCUGCCCGGCAGCGGCCUGCGCGCCUGCCUGCUGUGCAAGGCCACAGCCGCCGGCACAGACUUCUCCAAGGUGGAUCUGCUGCUGGCCAACCCGCUGCGGCUGGUGACGCUGGUGGAGGCGGGCAAGGUGGACCUCAGCCAGUGCAGGUAUGUGGUGCUGGAUGAGGCGGAUAAGCUGUUCGAGCUGGGCUUCAUGGAGCAGGUCGACGCGCUGCUGGCGGCGGCACAACACCCCGACGUGUCGCGGGCGCUGUUCUCCGCCACACUGCCGGAGCGCGUGGAGGACCUGGCUCGCAGCGUGCAGCAGCAGCCGCUGCGGAUCACGGUGGGCAUGAAGAACGCGGCCACCAGCUCCGUCAACCAGAAGCUGCACUUCGUGGGCCGCGAGGCCGGCAAGCUGCUGGCGCUGCGGCAGGCGCUGGCGGACGGAGGCCUCAAGCCGCCCGUGCUGGUGUUCGUGGGCAGCAAGGAGCGGGCCAAGGCGCUGCACAGGGAGUUGCUGUACGACGGCGUGCACGUGGACUCCAUCACGGCGGGGCAGCCGCAGGCCGCGCGCAACGCCGCUAUAGACAACUUCCGUGCUGGCAAGACGUGGGUGCUCAUCGCCACGGACCUCAUCGGACGUGGCAUGGACUUUGUUGGCAUCAACACAGUCAUCAACUACGACUUCCCGCGCACCACAGCCGACUACGUGCACCGCAUUGGCCGCACCGGCCGCGCCGGGCACACCGGCGAGGCCAUCACCUUCUUCACAGAGGAGGACGCCCCCGCGCUGCGACCCAUUGCCAACCAGAUCCGGGCGGCAGGCGGCGAGGUGCCCGACUGGAUGCUGGCCCUGAGGCGGGACAAGCGCGCCGCCAAGCGCAAGCACCUGAGCGACCGCAUCGGCGCCGCCGCGGACUUCGAGGCCGGGGAGGGCUUUGGCGGCCGGGGCGGGCGCGGCGGCAGAGGAGGCCGGGGCGGGCGCGGCGGGCGCGGCGGGCGCGGCGGGCGCGGCGGGCGCGGCGGGCGCGGCGGAGGCGGAGGUCGGGGCGGGUGGGAUGGCGAGGAGCGAGGGAGGGGGCGAGGGAGGGGGCGUGGAGGCCCAGGCGGAGCCGCGGGCCGGGGGAGGGGAGAGAGCCCGGGCGGGCGGGGGCGGGGUGUUGGAGGUGCUGGAGGCAGCCGGGGCGGGCCGGGGCGAGGGCGAGGUCGAGGCCGGGGGCGCGGAGCUGGUGGGGGCCGGGGUGGUGCCGAGUAGGCACGCCCCGUGUGCCAGGUUUCCGGGCGCCGCCUCCGAGCACAGCCAUGGGGUUUUGGAAGUUGCUCAUGCUAAGAAGUGGUUUUGUUGACGUGCCAGCCGAGGUUGCGGUGAGGCCGUGCGAAGAGCCUGUUACUGGUCGAUGCAUGUGCGGUUGGCACGACAUAGCUAACAGACGCAAGUGAGAAGAGGCUAUCGCGGCUUGAUCUUGUGAAGACGCAUAUGCUGGCUUUCUUUCAUUGCGCCGCGACAAAAGGUUCAUUUGAGACGCAAAUUCUUCAGGCACGAAGACGAAGGGGUGCCAUCGACGAUCAGCUUCAUGCGCAACUCGCCAGUGACGACUGGCACAUUCGCGCCGUAACUCUGAGGCACGCAUGUAUGAUACCCAGACAUGAUACCAUUAAUAGCGAGUGUCCGUUGCGCGGGAAUUUGUUCUCGACCGCCGCCCGCCCCAAGUUGCUGGCUCAAGUGUGACGUGCUUCUUCCUCAAGACCGGCC